UGUUUAGUUGGUAUUGUAAAGAGCUCCUAAAUAGUUAUUUCCUAGGAGAAAUUGGCCUGGCAGUGGAAUAAGAAAUGUUAAGGUUUUAACACCUUUCACUGUGAUGCAACAGUUCUUUAUGUGUCAGAUUCACAGUGAAGACAUUGCAGGGAGCCUGAAAUGGUUGAAAAUAAAUAAAUAACAAAUAAAUUGCCCAGAGCUUCAAAACAUUAUGGCUGUUUCCUUGCUUUCUACUUUACACUGGGCACUCUAUAAACAGGUUUCCAAAAGACGCAGCCCAGAUUCACCUUGCCUCGAAGCCCAACUAUUGCGCAUUAAGGGAAGACUUAAGGAUGGGAAGAAGACGAAAAGCAUUUUGCUGGCUGGGUUUGAACGUGGCCGUUUGCAGAUACGCUCGGUUGAUAAGAGGCCGACUGUUUGUGCCCGAGGUGUCCGUUUCUUUUGCGGCGGUACCAGCCAGCCUGUGCAAUGAAAUCGCAGGCCUCAACACCUACGCCAACUGGGUUUUUAUAACACCCCCCCCCGCGCGCGCGCACACACACACACCGCCCUUUGGAUGUUUUCCCUCGCUUUCUUUCCUCCGCGCAGACUGGCUGCUUCCCUCCGGCCGUCGCCUGGCAGAUGCAAAGUCCGAUUUCCCCCAGGGAAAAUUGAUGCGGGUGGAGAGAUCCUCCCUGCCUGCCUCCCUUCUCCUCCUCCCCCCACGGAGCCCCCCCCCCACACACACACCGCCCGCCCACGCAGCCGCCACCAGCCAAGCAGAAGGUGGUCCUAUUUUGGGCCGCGGGAAGAGGGCCUCCCCUAAGAAAAGUGAAAGCCGUGCCUUGGCUCCGCGGCGUGCGUCACACUUUGCAACCCCGAGCAGCAGCAGCAGCAGCAGAGCGGUAGUCGCCGCAGCCGCCGCCGCCGCGCGCGCCUGUUCCGCUCGCCCCGCACGGCUGCCUGGCGAAUCCCCAAACAACCGACGGCUGAGCGGCUGGAGCCUUUCAGUCCCCCGACAGGUUCCGAGCGGGGAAAGGAAGGGCAGAAGAAGGGCUGGCGACGGGGGCAGAACGAGAGCCACGGAGCCGGAGGAGGGAUGAAGGGAAAGCCGUCUCGCUCGGGUUCUCCACGCAGAUCUUCCUCGGCUCGGUAAAAACGCGGAGAUUCCCGCCUGCCCGUUCAUGAUUUGGGCUGCGCUUCUUCCUCUCGCCUUCUUCCUUCUAACUGGCCGGAACCAGAACGGAACCAAAGGAUGGGCCGAGCCGACCGGCAACCCGUUGGAAGAUCCGCGGCAGUUUUCCUGUGCCUUUUCUCCGCCCUGUUGCUGACCGAUGGGAGCAGACCGGGGAAGACCGCCUGCCCGGCUUCGUGCACUUGUACCAAAGAUAACGCGCUCUGUGAGAACGCCCGGGCGAUUCCGCGCAGCGUGUCGCCCGACAUUACCUCCCUAUCCUUUGUGAGAUCUGCUUUCACGAAAAUCCCAGAAAGGAGUUUCAUCUUCUCGCCCAAUCUGCAACUUCUGUUAUUUACUGCAAACACAUUUGACACCAUUAGUAGCGAUGCUUUCAUGGGCCUUCCUCAUCUAGAAUAUUUGUUUAUAGAAAACAACAACAUCAAAUCACUUUCCAACACUUCUUUUCGCGGGCUGAAGUCCUUAAUUCACUUGAGUCUUGCAAACAAUAACCUCCAAACACUCCCUAAAGACAUAUUCAAAGGAUUGGAUUCACUAUCAAAUGUAGACCUGAGAGGAAAUGCUUUCAAAUGUGAUUGCAAAUUGAAAUGGUUAAUUGCAUGGAUAAGCAGAACAAAUGCAACAGUGGAAGACAUUUAUUGUGAAAGUCCACCAGAGUAUAAGAAACGCAAAAUCAAUAGCCUCUCUCCUAGUGAAUUUGAUUGCAUCAUUACACAAUUUGUCGUAUUUCGAAAGUUACCAUAUCAGUCCCUGUCAGUGGACACUUUCUCAUUCAUGAAUGAUGAAUAUGUGGUUAUCGCGCAGCCUUUUAUCGGAAAAUGUAUCUUUCUGCAAUGGGACCAUGUGGAAGGGACAUUCAGGAAUUUUGAUAACAUCACAGGGACUUCGGUGGUUGUCUGUAAGCCGAUCAUUGUUGAGAAUCGCUUAUACAUCAUUGUUGCCCAGCUCUUCGGUGGCUCCCAUAUAUACAAAAGAGACAUUCAUGCAAACAAAUUUAUCAAAAUUCAGGAUAUUGAGAUCCUUAAGAUCAGAAAGCCUAAUGACAUCGAGACAUUCACAAUUGUAAAGGAUGCAUACUUUGCAAUAGCAGAUAGUUCAAAAGCUGGCAUCACCACUGUCUAUAAGUGGAAUGGAAAUGGAUUUUAUUCUGACCAAUCUUUGCACGAAUGGUACAGAGACACUGAUGUGGAGUAUCUUGAAAUAGCCACCAAGCCUCACCUGAUCAUCUCAAGCAGUUCUCAACACCCAGUCCUAUAUCAGUGGAACAGGGGCACAAACAAUUUCGCUGACCCAGUGGAUAUUCCAGAUAUGGAAGAUGUUUAUGCUGUCAAACACUUCAAAGUGAAAGAAGAUAUUUAUGUUUGCCUAACAAGAUUCAUUGGGGAUUCCAAAGUAAUGAAAUGGACAGGAUCCAAAUUUCUGGAUUUACAAAGAAUGCCGUCCAGGGGGUCCAUGGUGUUCCAGCCACUUCAGAUAAAGAAUUAUCAGUAUGCUAUUCUUGGAAGUGAUUAUUCUUUCACUCAAGUCUAUUUCUGGGAUGCGGGAAAAGCCAAAUUUGUCAAGUUUCAAGAAUUAAAUAUUCAAGCGCCAAGAUCCUUCACACACGUUUUUGUUGACAAACAAGAUUUUCUCUUUGCAUCAAGCUUUAAAGGAAAUACAGUGAUCUAUAAGCACAUCAUAAUUGACUUAAGUGCAUGAUACAUACAUAUUUACACACAUACACAAACACCCCAGGUAUGGAGUCUGUUGUGAGACUUCUUCCAUUAAUAACAGAGACCUAACAAACUAAAUGCAUGACAAUGAUUCUCUUUACGUCCAGUCUGCAAAAUGCCUUUAACAGCUGAGAUUGUUGAAUAAAGUGCUACAACUAAUAUCUUCAACCAUAAAUGUCAAGUCUAGUGCUAUUUGAAAUUACAAUUUUAAAAGAAGGAUAAAUUAAAGCAUUAACUAUUAUUUGCAACAACAGUGUAAAUAGCUAAUGAAGCUCCAUCCCUCCUAAAUGAGUUGGAAAGCACCAAUCAAUUGUAAUUUUUCAUUAUUCACUGAUCAGAACAUUGCCAAAUAAAAUGUUUACGUUUUCUUUUCUA